AUGCCUAGCCCCCGUGCCCAGCAAAUAAUCAACGACUACGAAAUCCGCCCCGACCCCAUCGCCCUCACCCAAAACCCGGAUCCCUCCAAAAACUCCUCUUCUGGCGUCGAUUACGAGCCCCACCCUGAGGACUCUAUCCCCUUGGAACCCGAACGCGAGCGCAUUGUCCAGGCGAUAUGCAACCUGUACUCGGGCAGCGCCAGCGAGACCGACAUGCAAGUCUACGCCGAGGAGGCCAUCUACGACGAUCCGCUGAGUUUCUGCGACACGCGGUACAAGAUUGCGGGGCAGUGGUAUGGCAUCCCUAAGAUAAUGUCCAAAUCGCAGACAAUAAAGACGCAAGUCGUGUCGAGCAAAGAGAAUGAGAUCAUCUUCAAGCUGCAGCAGGAGUAUAUGCCCAAGCUGGCGCCGACAGGGAAGAAGGUCAACUCGCUGGUUACGCUUUCGCUUGAUGCGCAGGGGAAGGUCAAGUACCACAAGGAUAUGUGGAAUGAGAAGGAUUACAGCCACCAGGGGCUGGGGAAAUUGAUCAAAACGCUGAAUGGCGAUUACUUGACCAAGAUCACGCAGCCGCCGGAGAGCUUGGGACCGAAGGAGUGA